AAAAUGGUUCGAGCCUGGUACAUGGAUGAUUCUGACUCUGAUAAAAGAGAGCCACACAUGUUGGACCCACCAGUAUUUCUAAGCUUUGAGGAACUCAACAAAAAAACCGGUGUGGAUUAUUUCAAGUUUGAUGCAGACACAUGGGAGUUGAAUAAUGAACUUGCAGAACUGAGAAAAAAAAAGGGUACACUUUCGAAGAUGUCUGUGAAAUUUCAAAAGACACUUUACCAGAUUACGACAACAAGCUGAAAGCCUUCUACACUGAGCACAUUCAUUCAGAUGAGGAAAUAAGAUUUGUGACUGCCGGCUGUGGAUAUUUUGACUUCCGUGACCGUGAUGACAAGUGGGUUAGGGUUGAGGCGGUCAAAGACGACUUGAUCAUUGUUCCAGCCGGUAUUUACCACAGAUUCACACUGGACUCUUCGAACUACAUCAAAGCAAAGCGUCUCUUUGUUGGUGAACCUACUUGGACACCCAUCAAUCGGCCUGGCGCAGAGGAUCAUCCUGUGAGGAAGGAUUACCUCAAAUGCAUGGCCAUUGUCAAGUCA